AUGACAAGCAAGCAAUGUGAAGUACUCCUGGGUAGUGGAAACUACUUUCACUGGGAGUAUAACUUGCGCGUGACGUUGGCGCGCAAGGGGCUGCUGGUGCACGUUCAAGUCAUUAAGAAAGAGGAAGAGAUGACGGAUGCCUGGCUGUUCAACGAGGCUUAG